UUAUUUCGAAGUCAGUAGUCGUCGGAUUCGUAUCGUGUCGGUUAUUCGCUUUUGUGCAUUCUUCUGUGCAUGUUCAAAAUAAUCGGAUUGCAGUGAAAUAUUCGGUAGUGAUAAGCAGGCUCAUCCACAGGGGACGGCAAGGAUGGCCGGUUCUGAAAUUAAGAGUUUCAUUCUCAUCGGUCUGCUAUUAGCGACAGCUAUCAAUGCAGAUAGUAGCUGUAAAAAGGGGUGUGUAAAACCCGACAGUGGAUUAUUGAAAUAUACCCCGGGUCAUUUUUACGAGUAUGCAUUUGACAGCAUAUUAACGGUGGGCUUAAGUACGGGUAUCAUAAGCGAAGCUGAUGAUACAAGUCUUAAAGUAAUCGGUAAUGCGAAAGUGUUUGCUAAUGGCAACUGCGAUUAUACCCUACAAGUCGGUGCUAUAAAGGUAAUUAACACGAAGCAGUCUUUGGAGAAGAAACUCGUGACAAAUAUUCAAAAACCAGUACACUUCUCAUGGGCCAGCGGUCAAGUGCAACCAGAAAUUUGUAGCGAUGCCACCGACUCUGAGUACGCGUUAAAUAUUAAACGUGCCAUUAUUUCACUAUUGCAAGCAGGAAAAACAUCGGAAUCAAAAUCGGAAGUCGAUGUAUUUGGACUAUGUCCAACCUAUACAUCUACUUCGGCGACUGCAAGUGGCGGAGAAACAAUAACAAAAGUUCGUGAUCUUAACCAAUGUGCCUAUCGAGAGCAGAUAAAUUCUGGCUUGUUAUCGGGCGUAGUGAAUGAGCAAGCUGGCAUUAAAUCAAGUUCACUACUGCAAGCGGAUUAUAGCAAAGAGUUGAAACUGCAGAAUGGUGUAAUCGAGCAUGUGCAACUCGUGGAAGUUUACAAGUUUGCGGGCAGCGUCAAGGGCAGCUCGGAUGUGAGUGCCAAGGUUGUUAGCAGCCUUAAAUUGCGAAAUGGAUCUGGCGGAACGCCAGGAUCAACGCCAACUCCAACUAGUGGACAACGCGAGGCUAGCAUUAUAUUUCAGAAGUACGGAACUUAUGCAGCCAAGAAUAUUGCUGCUCUCAAGAUAGCACUCUCUGAUCUUAUUGAUUCGACUAACGAUUAUGUAAAAAAAGACACAGCUAAAAAAUUUAUUGAAAUCAUUCGAUUACUGCGCAACUCGGAUACAGACACCAUAUUAGAAUUGGCUGCUGUCCCACAUCCUAAUAAGGUGUUAGCACGUAAAGUCUAUCUGGAUGCUCUUUUCCGCACAAAUACUGCCGAGUCGGCGAGAGCUAUUUUGAAGCAGCUAACCAAGUUGAGUGAAAACGAGAAAUUGUUGGGAAUAUUAUCACUAAACCUGGUGGAGUCUGUGGACAAGGAAACCCUUAAUCUAGCUGCUGUUCAACUAUUGUCUAAUGCACCCAAGGAGCUUUAUUUGGUUGUUGGCAAUUUGAUCUCCAAGUUUUGCUUGAAAAAUAGGUGCGAAACAUCCGUUGUUGAAAGCAUUUCAAAGAAGUUUGUUGACGGUCUGAAGCACUGUAAAGCCAACACCAAAAAAGAUGAAGAGCGCAUAGUAUAUGUACUUAAGGGCAUCGGAAAUAGCCAUAUCCUGGUCAACACUCUGGUGCCUGCUUUGACAGAAUGUAUUUCUUCUGGACGCUCCAAUCGCAUUAGAGUGGCAGCACUACAAGCCUUUUCCACUUCGAAUUGUAAUGAAGCAUUAAACUCUAAAGCACUAGAGAUCUUGAAGAAUCCAAAUGAGGAUUCAGAGCUCCGAAUCGAGGCAUAUGUGACAGCUGUUAAUUGCCCAACUGCUGAACUGGCCAAUCAAAUUUCAGAGAUUGUAAACUCAGAGAAGGUAUAUCAAGUAGGUAGUUUUAUUUCAUCAAGUCUGAAGGUAAUUCGAGAUUCCACGGAUGCGAAUCGCGAGCUUCAGCGUUAUCACUUAGGAAACAUACGUGUAACGAAACAGUUCCCACAAGACUACAGGCGCUACAGUUUCAACCGUGGCUGUUCCCAUAGACUUGAUGCCUUAGGACUUAGUGCCACCACUGAUUACAAGCUCAUCUAUUCACAGCACGGUUUCCUGCCAAGAUCAGCGAGAUUCAAUGUGUCUGCAGAAAUCUUUGGCACAAAUUUCAAUGUGAUUGAGGGAAACUUGCGGCAGGAGAACCUCGAGAAGCUCUUGGAGUAUUAUGUGGGUCCAAAGGGGUUGCUAAAUAAAGAUUUCGAUGAGAUUGUCAAGCUUAUUGAAGUCGGUAAUGCUGAAGCAGCUGGUGGGGCCGCUGAACGUUCGAAGCGCUCGAUUGCUGAUGAUGCUACCAAAAUCGCCAAGAAAUACAAAACAUAUGGCAGUAAGAAUAUCCAUGACCUGAAUUUGGAUCUGUCAUUGAAGCUAUUUGGCUCUGAGCUCGCUUUCUUGAGCCUGGGUGAUAAUGUACCAAGUACAUUAGAUGACAUUAUUAAAUAUUUCUCGGAUGCAUUUGACAAAACCAAAAAGGAAUUGUCGUCAUUUGAAAAGCAGUUCACCUCACACCAUCUGUUCCUCGAUGCGGAAUUGAGUUACCCCACGGGAUUGGGUAUACCAUUAGAACUCGGAGCCCAAGGAUUUGCGGCAAAUAAAAUCGACUUUGCAAUCAAUGUUGAUGUGAAUGAUAUUCUCGAGCAAAAUUGGCAGCGAUCCAAAUAUCGUUUCAAAUUCGUGCCCAGUGUUGAUGUUAAUGUGAAUAUCCUGCUGGGCUUCAAUGCACAGGUGCUAUCAACAGGACUUCGUGUCGUAUCCACGGCACAUUCAGCCACUGGCAGUGAUGUAUCAGUAUCUCUUAUAAAUAAUGGAGAAGGAUUCAAUGUGAAUGUUGACUUACCUCGCGAAAAACUUGAACUUGUCAAUGUACAGUUAAAUACCGAAUUUUUCAUAGCUGAGAAUGACAAACAAUUGAAAUCGGUACCAUUGAAGAACUCAGACAAAAAGCAAAAAUCUAAACCAAUUAACGAAGAUUAUUGCUUUAAUCAACUUGACAUUGUUGGGGUAAAUCUCUGUAUAUCUAGUUCGGCGAGUCUUAAAGAUUUCACUGUUGAAAAUAGCCAAAGUGAGGGACACGUCGACGAAUUUCAUCUUUCGAAACCCUUUUCGUUCGCUGUUUACUCAACAAGUGAACGUAAAUUUAAUUUCAAAGGAACACAGUCAACACUCCCAACAGGUAGCCACCAAUGGAAACUUGAAUAUAGCACUCCCGGGUCGAGGGUAUCUCAUGACACAAGUGUAGCAUUUGAGCUGGGCACAAAGCCAAAGACCUACGGCCGGAUAGCCCUUGAUAAUCCCCAAAUUCACCUCGCCGUUGAGGCUGGCAUCACAAAUGAUAAUACAGAGUUGGUAGUUUACGGUCAAUACGAACAGAACAAGGAUGUAAAGAGGAGUAAAAUAGGUUUUUCGAAGCAUGGUAAUGAAUACAAACCACUAAUUGAGAUUCACGACAAAAAUGGCAUUGUCAACAAUAUCAAUGGGUAUCGCGCCGAUGGCAAAAUUAAUGUACAGAAAUCGGGCGACAAGCAGGCACGCUUUAGUUUCCAAAACUUCCAAUUAUUAAGCCCAAGUAAUGAACGUAUUGUAAUAAAUGGUUGGGCUGACCUUUCUCCAAAUGCUUUAAGUACUGAAUUGCAUAUUGCUCCAGGAAAGGAAUCAUAUUUGGUGAAGAGCAAUUUUAAGUUGGAAAAUGGUCAAUAUGAAGCGGCUCUCUUUGUGAAUAAUGAGCAAACACCUAAUAAUGUUUACGGCAGUUCGGUGCAAGCCAAAAUUGGCAAUAAUGCCUAUGACUUACAGCUGAUUGGUCAGGCUUUCACUUGGACUCUGACAAGUACAUCGGCGCUAAAGUUCGUUAAGGGCGAUAACUCAAAUACAUUAACGUCGUCUCAAUUUUUAUCAGAUUUGCGGGUUGACCAUCAGAAUAAGCCAUAUGCCUCUGCUAAAGUCGUCACGAAUUUCGAUGUGAACAAAUUAGAGUUCGAUGCUACAGCAAUUCGUGAUCAGAAUCAUCAGGUAUCUGUGAAUGUUAAAUAUCAGUCGAAUCAAAGGACAACAGGUGACUACGAAUUGUUGGCGAAGGCAAAGCUCAAUAAACACUCGAUCGAAGUUGUCUCCAAGUGCGAUGCAAAUGGCAAUCUAUUAAUUGUGGAUAACAGCAUUAUCACAUCCUGGGGUACAUUGAUAACAGUUAAGGGUGAGCUGGGACAGCGCUACACUGCACAAGACGUCCACAUCGAUUUGCAAGGCAGUGCACAAUUUCGUAGCAAAGAAAAAGCCCUGCAAUGGAUAUUCAAAGCUCUAGGAACUCCCGAGAAAACCAAUGGCGAAUUCCGUGUAAGCCGCGACAAUGCAGAGCUCAUCAAACUGACAACUGAAUCACAGCAUCCACUGGACAAAGUGUCUGCGGCCAAAUUUAAUCUCGUACUUAAGAACCAACUAAAUGCCAAGGGUGAUUUUAAAAUCGCCAAGAAUGGCAAAGGCGAGCUCACCGCAAUCAUAGAAACGCAAAAAGUUGAACCCAAGCAUAAAUUCGAAGUCGACUCAAAAUUCCAAAUAUUGUCACCAAAAUAUGAUAUCGAUACAUCGAUCAAAAUCAACGGCGACACAAAAUUGCAUUUCAAAACUGAAAAUAUAAUCGAUAAAUUAAAAUUCUCAACGAAAAAUAUUUUCGAAUCAGACACCAAAAAGGUAUCUCUCGAAGCCAAUGGCGCAUUGAAGGGUGAUUGGCGAAGCAAUGGUGAUAUUCAAGGUGCAUUCACAUUGGUUACUCCCGAUGGACACGUCUAUGAUGGUAAUCUUAAUCGACAUAUAACUACAAACCCCAAGACUCAUCUCAUUCAAGGCACGGCAAAUGUACAAGUUAAUGAACAACAGCCUGGCAACAAAGAGAAGCGUUCAAUCGUAUUAAAGACUACGCUAGAUACAUUGAAUACAAAGACAAAGGAAUUUUCAUCAAAUGCUCAGCUAAUCUUGACCUCAUUUAAUGGCAAAAAAGCGGAACUUAAUAGCCAUGUUAAGCAUAAUCUUAAAGAAAAAAGUGGCCUUCAAAUUACAGAGGCUGGUCUAUCUGUGCAGGGAAAUUUAGUGGAAAAUCAAUUGCCCGUUGAAUUGUCGAUUAUUGUUGACGACUAUAGCACACAGCAAGGAAAUGGCCGCAUCUCUUUCAAGUUUGGUGAUCGGAUCUUAGCGAAUCUAAAUGGUAAGCUUCACGUAGGACAGCAGCUGAAUGGAGUCCCAGCUUCCUAUGAGCUGCAAGCUGACCUGCAAGCACCACAAACCAAUUUUAGAAGCUUUGAGCUCAACAGCCAUGGAAAACUCUUAAGAACCGUCGAAGGCGGCAGUGGACCCUAUAAUGUGGAAUUCGAUCUGAAUACCAAGACGGCUGAUGGACACUUCACACGUAUUAACACCUUCUGGAAGGGAUUUGCUCAUCAGGGCAGCUAUACUUUUGAUGCACAAGGCAAUUGGCUAGCUGCUCCAUUGAAAUUCGAUGGUAGCUACCGAAACGAAAAAGACGCAGCAGAAAGUAACCGCAAGUGGGAAAAUACCUUAAAUGCCCAAUUUGGUGACAAGUAUAUCAAGCACCACAUCGAUAUAAAUGUUGUAGCAAAUACAAAAACUGCAACAGUACAAUGGCAACUUGAUACUAGUCAUGAGUCGAUCAAGAACUUAGAGGUUAACAUACAGUCGACUAAGGCGGGCGAAGAUACCUAUACAGUGCGUUUGGAAGUUAAGGAUGCAAGCAAGAAGUACGAAUUGGACUCAAAAUGGUUUGGUGCGCCACACAAGAAGGGAUUAGAGCUGCACCUGAAUCUACCCAAAUCUCAGCCCAUCGGGGUAGUGGCCAUUGUCGAAAUUUUGGGUGAGCGUAAGGCAAAGGUCAGUGUCGAUAUACAAAGCCUGGCCGACUUGGACUUCAAACUCAACCUGGAAUCAUCGUACACAACCAUUGAUGAAUUUUAUAUCAUUGGGGACUGGAACUCGAAGAAACUGCAGCUAGACAGCUAUGUGCUGGACAUCAAGGCACAGAACAAGAGCAUCAAAGUUAGCGUAAAGAAUGCCCAAGAUGUUAUCAUAUCGGGCACAGCCACGUAUAACCUAAAGAAGGAUCAAAAUAAGGCUAUUAUCGAAGGACAGGGUCAAUUCCAAAAGCGGGGUAAAACCGUUUCGAGUAGCUUUAAGUUAACCCGUCAAUACUUUGCCCUCAGUACGGAGAAAGAGGUUGGGGCCUCCUAUAGUUUAAAUGGCAAUAUUGGACCAACAAAUGUGGUUGCCACACUAAAGCUAACUAACAAGGAAUUUAAUCUGAAGGUAUCCACAUGCGAAGAGAAGCGUCAAUGCAUGAAUAUUCAGGCACAAUCUACUUUGACCAUUGAUGAGAAACAAUUGGAUACUUCGGAGCAUGGAAUACUCGUCUUGAUGGAUUUGCGAGAGAUUGGUUAUCCAUAUGAGCUGGAGUGGAAGUCGAGGAGCAGACGACAAGGCUUUAAGCAUCAAUACAGUCUAGAUGGUCACAUCUCCGGUAAUAAUCUUAAAUAUCAGUUAAAUAUUAACUUCUUACCCAAUGGCUCCACAAUUCGAUUGACUUUACCAAAGCGACAAAUUCUCUUCGAGAGCACACAGACAUUGCCAACUGAUGGCAAGCUCUUCGGUCAUUACGAGGAGUCGGCUGCAUUUUAUAUUGAUAAACUGCAGCGACCUAAUGAUGUUGCGCGUAUCUCUGCCAUUUUGGAUUUAUCUGGUGAGGAACACGUCGCCAUAAACUCCCGGUUGCAACUCAAAAUCGAGCAUCCCACUAUCAGACCUUUAACUGUCUCGGGCACAUUUGAUGCGGAUCGCAAUAAGCGCUCUGUGAACAGCGAAUUUACUUUUGACAUAUUUAAAUCACCCGAACAGAAAAUAAUUGCUUUUAAUCAAAUUCGAAAUACUCAAGCCCAACAAAGUCCCAUUGGCGGUUUUGAUAUUGCAUCGAAUCACAAAAUUUAUUCAUCGGGUCUCCGAUUUAAUUAUGAGAUCAACGUGCAAUCAGCGCUAAACGUCGACAAAAAGGAGUUCAGGACAUCCACCGAACUGAAAAGCAACAACUUGGAUCUAAAUGUUGGAGCUAACAUCUUGGCAAAUAAAGAUCACGUCGACGUAACAGUCAAUGCUCUCAACAAGCAGAUUAUUGCAGUGAGUGCCGAUAUCGAUUGGAAGAAAUAUUCAACGAAAAUCAAUUCAAAACUGCAAGCCUUAGCUGGACAGAACCCUAUUGAAAUUAUUUCCGAACUGCAACCGAACUGGGUCAAGAUCUCAUUGAAUAAGCAAAGUCUAAUUAAUGCGAAUGCUGAAAUUAAACUGGGCAAGGAAUUCAAAUUUGAUGUCACAGGUGCAAGUGGAAAAUCAGUGUCAAACGGGCGUGUUUCUCUCGAUGCAGCCAAUUUCCUACAAACUGAGUACAAAGUCAAUGAAGAUGAUUUCAAAGUAUUCGUGAAUACUCUCAAAAAUGGAUUGAAAAAGGAAUCCGAAGAGGUAACAGAAAAGCUGAAGAAACAAUUCGAUAACGCUCGUAGCGAUUUUGGAGAAAAGCUCAAACUCAUCAAACAAAGUAGACCAGAUUUUGAUAAAUUAUUGAACGGCUACGAAAAUCAAGCAGAAACCAUAAUUCGUGAAUUAGAAGUUGAUCCAACACUGGCAUCUAUUAUUGAUAGCACCCGAAAGCUUAUUGAAAAGAUAAACGCAUUCAUUAAUGAAAUUUCAAAAGCAUUUGCAAAGCAUUUUGAAGAGUUGCACAAGACUCUUGAAGAAGUCCUUAAAAAUUGGAACGAAUUAUGGAAGAAUUCAAUAUUGAAAGCAUGGGAACAAUUCGUUGUGUCAGUGACCAAAAUUCAAGAGAAUCUUCGCGAGGAAUUCCUUAAUGUAUACACAAAAGUUUUCAAAACCGUCGUUGCGGGUCUGGAAAAAUAUGGACCAGUGCUAAAGAAUUACGCAAAGGCACUCCAUGAAUCACUAAAACCAGUGAGUGAAGCAGUGCAAGAAUUAAUCAAGACAAUUAUCAAUAGCGCCGAUUAUAUCAUUGUUGAGCUUAAAGAAUAUUUAAGUAAAUUGCCAACAUUCGAAGCUAUACGAACAGAAAUAAUUGAACAAAUUAAGCAUUUCAAAUUGAUUGAAAAGACAUUGGAAGUGCUGAACAAUAUCUUUGAUCAAUUGCACAUUUUACCACAGACACCAGAUACAGAAGAAUUCUUACAAAAAUUGCAGACAUAUCUAGAAGCGAAAUUAAAACAACAGCCUAUCAAUGAUGAAAAGGUGCUUAACGAAUUGUCCCAGCUGUUGAUAAAAUCGCUGCGUUCCAUUUGGUUGGCUCUCGAGAACUCUAAGCCAGGUGGUGGUAUACCUGUCGCAGAUUUGGAGAGUUGGACUGCUAUUACGCUGCCAACGUGGUUGGACAAAUUGAUAAACUUGCCUGCCUUGUUGUCAUUCCGCUCGAGCGUGAUUAAUGCCCUACUUAAUGAGAAAUGGGAGAACACUGUGAGCAAAAAUUUGUAUGCAACUUGGCUAUAUUCGGUUAUCUUCCAGAAGUUUGAUCUGCAUGGUCAGAUUGUAGAUGGACAACAUGUGUUUACUUUCGAUGGUCAGAGCUAUGCCUACCCCGGUAAUUGUCGAUAUGUACUCGUUCAGGACAGUGUCGAUAGCAAUUUCACGGUCAUCGUUCAACUGAGCAGCGAAAGCAAACUGAAGGCCAUCACAUUGACUGACAGAGACGGCAACUUUGUUGAAGUUAGCGAUACAGUUGCACUUAAACUGAAUGGCAAACCAGUUGAGUAUCCACAACAUAUUCCUGGCAUUCAUGCCUGGCGUAGAUUCUACGGUGUUUAUCUCCAUUCCGAGUACGGCGUAACGAUCACCUGUACCACUGAUUUGAGGGUUUGCCAAGUCACCGUUGACGGAUUCUAUACCAGCAAAACACGAGGAUUGCUUGGGAACGGCAAUGCUGAACCAUAUGACGAUUUUCUGCUAAUUGAUGGUACCAUCGCAAUCGAUUCAGCUACUUUCGGUAAUGAUUAUGGCGUUGGCAAAUGUAAUCCAGUAUCUUCUAAAGGCGAACAACAAGUGGUGCGCAAUGAAAUAUGUAGUGAAAUAUUUGGAAUUGAAUCAACAUUGGCCCUUAAUUACUUACAAUUGGAUCCUCGACCCUAUCGUAAGGAGUGCGACAUAGCUGUUCAAGACGCUGCCGAGAAGGACAAGGAAUCGGUAGCUUGUAACUUUGCCUUGGCUUACGGAUCGGCUCUAAAAGAAUUGAAACAAUUGUCUCUGCUACCACCGCGUUGUUUGAAGUGCACCGGAGCUGUGGGGCAGCGUGAGUUGGGCGAAGAGUUCACUGUAAAAACGCCGACAAACAAAGCCGAUUUGGUUUUCGUUGUUGAUGUCAAUGUAACGCCAAAGGUUUUGUCUCAACUUGUUGCACCCGCCAUUACGGAGAUUCGCGAUGCAUUAAAGAGUCGGGGAUUCACUGAUGUACAAGUCGGUGUCAUUGCCUUUGAUGAAUCGAAGCGUUAUCCAGCGCUGCUCACCAGCGAUAAUGGGAAGAUCAAUUACAAGGCCAAUGUAGCGAAUGUUCAGGUAAAUGGGCCUAAAAACUUCUGCGAUAAUUGUGUCGAGCAAAUCAUCACCGAUAAAAGAGUACUAGACAUAUACAAAUUGCUUGAACGAUUUGUCAAAACAAUUGUGCCGCAGUCCGAUGAGAAUGCUUUUAGUUUGGCCUUGGACUAUCCGUUCCGUGCGGGAGCGGCAAAGAGCAUUAUUGGAGUUCGCAGUGAUUCCUUGGAGUACAGCAAUUGGUGGAAACUUGUUCGAGCUCACAUAACUGGAAGUUUAACCAAGUUUGACGGCGCUCAGCUUCAUUUGAUAGCUCCAAUCAAGGGGCUUGCUUUGGAAGGUGUUCCUGCUGAUAAACUAGUUGGUUUUAAUGCACGCUUAGUUGCAACUUUGGAUGGAAAGGAUAACAAGAAACGCUCAAAAUUACAGUUUGAGAAUGAUAUGGGUAUCGAUUUUGUACUAAACAAUGGAGGCUGGGCAUUUACCACACAGAACUUUGAUAGACUAAAGAGUCCUGAUCAAAAGAAGGUUCUUAAUCAAGUCACAUCAUCCAUUGCGGACACGCUGUUCAAGACUGAAACCAUCAGUGAUUGUCGAUGUGUGCCCGUCGAAGGAUUGUUUGCUCAACACAAGUGCGCUAUCAAAUCGACCAGCUUUUUGCCAAAUAAGAAAUCAAAGAGUGCGUGAAAUUAUUGAUCGUUUCAUAUAAAACAGUAAUUUGAAUUUAAAAGUAAACAAAUAAAGCAAGUAAUACAAAAA